AUGUUUGAUGGAAUCCCAAUAAUAAACUACCAACAAACAAAAGCAGUGCCAUUACUACAUUUGACUGAAAAACUGUUUCGUAACAAUGCUUUUGAUUCUUAUUUGACUCCUCAGCAAUUAAUCGUUCUAGAAUUUAUAAUAACCAUUGCAAACGAUGAAGGCAAGGUCAAAAUAUGGCAGGAACUGCUGGAAGGGAACUUAUCGUUGAAUGUUUUAAAUGAAAAUACUACCCCACCAAAACCUGAAACAACAACAGAAAAUGAUGGAUUUGGAGACUCUUCAGCUCAAUCACAUAUGAACAAUGAAGAUGAUGGUAAUGGUGGUGACGAUGAUGAUGAUUUUUCCCAAUUAGAUUUGGAAGAACUAAAACAAAGUAUCAAUGGUCCAAAUUUUAUUGGUAAUCUUUCUUUGAAAUUACGUUAUGUACUAUGGCAGUUUGCUAUAAAUGGAAAAAACCAAGACGAUGAAAUACAUUUUGAUGAUGACGAUCCAGAAUACGUGGAUGAUGAUUAUAUACUUCUGGAUGAAGAAGAUGAUGCUCUUGAUAUGGCUGAUGUUGAUAAUACUAAGAGCGAAAUCAAUGAACAAAAGAAGGAUGGACAACCUUUAGGUAACAUCGAACGUGAAGAUGGGGAUUAUGAUGAAGACGAUGAUUAUGAUAUGGAUGAGACUACUAAGUCGAAUUCACCUGCCCAACCUUUAACAGAAGAUUCAACAGAUGUCAUCCAAUUAGAAAAGGAUAGCAAUGACAAGUCGAUUCUGACUAUGAAAAUAUCAAAGGAAACUUUAACAAAACUACGACCCACAAAUAUUAACGGAAUUCUGUCUAACUGGAGAAAUAUAUAUCAUAAUUUUGAAUAUGACAAAGAGACCAUGUUAAAGCGUUUAAAACUGGAAAAAAAUAACGAACUUAUCGAAUCAGGGAAAAAUAAAAGAUCACAUAGUGAAUCUAACAAGGAGAAUUCAGAAGACACAGUCACAAAUUCUAAUGAAAAUAAAAAGGAAACGCCACCUCUUGAUUCUGAAAGUCAAGAUGAACACGAUGGUAAAAGACCUAAACAAGAUAGUGUCGGCAUUUCAUCUAACUUCGGUAUUGCUAGUUUGUCUAUUAAGCAUUUACUGUCGUCUAUUGCUGACAAUAAAUCAAAACUGGAUAUCUCAGAUUAUGAACUGAAACACUUACUGGUGGACGUACGAAAAAAUAGAUCAAAAUGGGCCUCAGAUGAGAAGAUUGGUCAAGAAGAACUAUACGAAGCAUGUGAAAAAGUCGUUUUAGAACUAAGAAAUUAUACCGAACAUUCGACCCCAUUUUUAAAUAAGGUCAGUAAAAGGGAAGCGCCCAAUUAUCAUCAAGUUAUUAAGAAGUCUAUGGACUUGAAUACUGUCCUAAAGAAAUUAAAGACAUUCCAAUAUCGUUCUAAACAAGAAUUUGUAGACGAUAUUCUUCUUAUUUGGAAGAACUGUCUGACAUAUAAUUCAGAUCCAACUCAUUUUCUAAGAGCUCAUGCAAUUGCUAUGCAAAAGAAAUCCUUACAACUAAUACCUAUGAUACCAAAUAUUACGAUCAAGAAACGGGCGGAAGUUGAAAGAGAGAUGGAAGAGAUGGAAAAAGAUAAAGAUUAUGAAGAGGAGGAGGAAGGUGAUGAGGAAGUUGCUGGAUCAGGACGGAAGGGUCUGAAUAUGGGUGCACAUAAACCUGUUAAUCAAUCUGAAAAUGAAGUUCAAGAUGCCACCACCAAAGAUAAUACACCUGCCAUAUCAGAGAAAGAUGAUGCGGCUCAACAAAGUCAUGAAGACAAGCAGAAUGGCUUGGAAGACGAUAAAGGUUCCAAAUUAGGUGGUGGAACCGAUUCUACAUCUGAAGUGAAAAAUGAACAGACUGAAAACGUUGUAAAUUCUGAUAAUGGAGACAGUAAUAGUACGUUAGAGGAUAAAAAGGAAAAGGAAAAUAGCGAAGCAACUAAAAAUGUGGAGAGUGAUCAACAGAACAAUGUUGAGGAUGAUGAAGAAGCUGAAGAAGACGAAGAUGAGGAUGAAGAUAAGGAUGAAGAGGGGAAUUACGUAAAUUCUCAGUCCUACCUUCUAGAAAGGGAUAACGAUAAAGACGAUAUUGAAAUAUCUAUUUGGAAAACACUGACCGCUAAAGUAAGGGCAGAAAUAUGUUUAAAAAGGUCGGAAUAUUUUAAGGAUUCUCAUUUGAAUGCACAAUCUGCAGCUUUGCUAAAGAAUCCAAAGAUGAUGAAACCUUUCGAUGAGCUUUUCAGUGAAUACAAAACACAAAAAGAAUUAGAACUGUAUAGCCAAAGGGUAGAACAACAAUCAAUAAUGAAGAAUAGUUUUGGUGCUGUUAUUAAAACAGAAGAUGUCGAACAAUCGACGAUUCCGAACGCAAAUAUGUUAGAAAGCUCUCUAUUUGAUAAAGGUGCAUAUGAAAUCGAUAUUGAUAAUACAACAUUCCUUCAAGAAUAUGAUACCAACAAUAUAUACCCAGAUCUUGUCUAUUCUGGUAUCGAUAAAGAGGAAAUAGACAAACAUGAGAAUGCUAUUAUCGAGUCUGUUGUAGAAGAAGGUGUGACGAAAAAAAGUGCGUACCUAAAGAACAUUAAUAAGGGUCUCACACCCAAAAUCAAUAAUAAUAUUUCGUUGAUACAACAGAUAAGACAUAUUUGUCACAAAAUUUCGUUGAUAAGAAUGUUACAGAGCCCUCAUUACAUGCAAGGUCAACGUAAUGUCAGUCCUACGGCUCUUUUGAAUGCUCAUCAAUAUAAAUAUGACGAUAUCAAUGAUGAAAUUGACUUAGAUCCUGUGUCCCAACUUCCAACUCAUGAUAGUAGGGAUAAUAAGAAGUUAAUGUGGAAGCUUAUGCAUAAGAAUGUCUCAAAAAUAUCAAUGACUAAUGGUUUUGAAACAGCAGAACCCGCUGCUGUUAAUAUGCUAACAUCCUUGGCCGGCGAGUAUUUGUCAAAUCUGAUUAAAACUGUAAAGAUCCACACUGAAAGUGACUCCCUCAACAAGAUGAAACGUGAAGAUAUAUUGAAAAUAUCUCUAUUGGAAAAUGGUAUUAGUAGACCAGAUGAUCUUUAUACCUAUUUGGAAUCUGAAUUUGGGAAAAAACCAAGAAAAUUAAAGGAUGUCAAAAUGAAAUUAGAAAACUUUUUGAAAGACUUAUUAAGGCCAACCUUGAAAGAACUUUCCGAACGUAAUUUUGAUGAUGAAAGUCAAAGCUUUUUAACCGGUGACUUUGCCACCGAACUAACUGGUGAAGAUUUUUUUGGUUUCAAAGAACUUGGUCUGGAAAAGGAAUUUGGUGUCUUAAGUUCAUCGGUUCCAUUACAACUGUUAUCUUCCCAAUUUCAAGCGACAGAUGGGGAAACGAAGGUUCAAGUCAAGAAACUGCAACCAGAAGAGUUCGAGAAAGCUCGUUAUUCAAGAAUACCGAAGGAUUAUAUUGAUUCAACUAAGUGUUCCAUGGUUCUCAAACCAUUUUUACAGAAGGCCUAUGAAAGAUCCAAAUUAUAUGCUACAAAGCCACCAAAAGGUGUUACUAUCGAGGAGAAAAUUAAGAGAAAGGAGACUAAUCUAGAUUCCCCAAGUUAUAUUCUUUUAGAAGAUGAUGAGGUCAUCGUGAAGACAAAGGGUACAGCUAGACUGAGACUUCCUCCUACUGGUAAAAUUAGUACAGCCUAUAAAAAGAAACCUAUUUCAGAUGCGUUUAUUCUUCCUGAAGAGCCUAUCGCUCCAAAGACUGAAGUGAUACCUAAGCCUCCUACAGAUAGUGAAACCGGAGGAUCAUUCGCCCUUCCUCAUGAUGAACCUAAUCCUACUUCAGACGACGCACCAGGUGCAAACAGCGCUGUAGCUGUAGACAGCAGUCUAUUAUCAGAUAUUGAUGUGUCCAAUACAGGGUCGUUUAGUCUAAGUCUUCCAAAAAUUGAGGAGAGGUAA